CUGGCAUCAAAUCUCGUUCGUGCCAAGAUUGUUUGGUUUGUUUGCAUAGUGAUGAUCACACACAAUCCACAUCACAUCACAUCACAUACAUGAUACGUUCAUCCUCGUCACUCUUCACUCCUCGUCUUUCCCCCACUUUCGAUUUCGUAAAAAACCAAAACCAACAGUCCCUGAAACAAUCAUUUAAAUCGCAUACUUAGUUUUCUCCACUUAGCAUCAUCACCCUACACUCCCUAACCUCCAAUUCAAAUUAAAGUUUCCUCCUUUUCCAUUUCACUGCUGCAAUUUUCCCUCUUUCAUCUUUCUCCAAACGUGUAGAGUCUCAGAUAUGUAGAUAUAUGCUUAUAAUUUUCGCUUUUCAAGUUUGUCACUUUUGUUCAAAUUCUCAAGGUAAAUUGGUGGUUCAGUCAGUGUGUUUGUCUUGACAGAAGUCAAAGCAUUUUAGAUUAGUGGAGAGGGCUGUCAUGCUGAAUGUUGUUGCCAACAAGUGGAGUAGGAAUUAAUUCCUCGAUGGAUGAUAUGAAUUUGAUUCAGCAAACCCAGAGACAUCACUUGGUCGUGAGAGAGAUUGGUGAAGAGAUUGAUCUAGAAAUUGGACCUGGGGAGGAUGAUCCUUCAUUUGGUAGCCCUACUCUAAUUGGCGCGCCAAUGCGGGAAUCUUCUGCAGAAGAACAUGGUGAGAGCAAGCAGAUGGGGAUGGUUUCUCAGCUUCCAAACAAUGAGCAAGAUAUGUCGAAGACCCAACCGGUGAAAAGAAAGAAAAAGGUUGUUAAAAGAUGGAGAGAGGAAUGGGCAGACACCUAUAAAUGGGCUUACCUUGAUUUGAAAGAUGGGACUCCAAGGAUUUUCUGCUCUGUCUGCAGGGAGUAUGGCCGGAAGCAUAGAAGAAAUCCUUAUGGGAAUGAGGGCAGUCGUAAUAUGCAGAUGAGUGCCCUGGAAGAACACAAUAAUAGUUUGCUUCAUAAAGAGGCUCUCCGUCUUCAAAUGGCCUCCAAAGAAAAAAGUGUGGUCGACAAACCCACUUAUGUAAAAGUUGCCAUGUCAAAAACGGCGGGAUCAAUUCUUGAAGCUACACUAAAAAUGGAUCCUCAUGAGCUUGAAUUCAUUCAGGCAGUCCAGGAGGCUGUUCAAGCUCUUGAAAGAGUCAUAGCAAAAAAUUCUCAUUAUGUUAACAUCAUGGAGCGCUUGUUGGAACCUGAAAGAAUGAUUAUUUUUCGAGUUUCAUGGGUGGAUGAUAGGGGUGAGACACAUGUUAAUCGGGGCUUUAGGGUACAAUUUAACCAGUCAAUGGGUCCAUGUAGGGGUGGUAUACGUUUUCAUCCAUCAAUGAAUUUAAGUAUUGCCAAAUUCCUUGGUUUUGAACAGACUUUAAAGAAUGCCUUAUCACCAUAUAAACUAGGAGGAGCAGCAGGGGGAAGUGAUUUUGAUCCAAAAGGAAAAAGUGAUAAUGAGAUUAUGCGAUUUUGCCAAAGUUUCAUGAGUGAGAUGUAUCGCUACCUGGGUCCCGACAAGGACCUUCCAUCAGAGGAAAUGGGUGUUGGUACUCGAGAAAUGGGGUAUCUUUUUGGACAAUAUAGACGUCUAGCUGGUCAUUUUCAGGGAAGCUUUACAGGGCCAAGGAUAUUUUGGUCUGGUUCCAGUCUUCGACCUGAAGCUACUGGCUAUGGGCUGGUUUUCUUUGCCCAGCUUUUGCUUUCUGACAUGAAUAAAGAACUUAAAGGAUUAAGAUGUGUUGUGAGUGGUUCUGGAAAGAUUGCAAUGCAUGUUUUAGAGAAGUUAGUUGCUUAUGGUGCUCUUCCCAUUUCAGUAUCAGAUUCUAGAGGAUAUUUGGUUGAUGAGGAUGGAUUUGACUACAUGAAAAUAUCAUUUUUGAGAGACAUCAAAGCUCAACAAAGAAGUUUGCGAGACUAUUCAAAGACCUAUGCUCGGUCCAAAUAUUAUGAUGAAGCAAAACCCUGGAGUGAAAGGUGUGAUCUUGCAUUUGCUUGUGCUUCACAGAAUGAAAUUGAUCAAACUGAUGCCAUUAAUUUGGUUAAUUCAGGUUGCCGUAUACUCGUAGAAGGUUCAAACAUGCCUUGUACCCCUGAGGCAGUUCAGGUUCUGAGGAAAGCUAGUGUUCUUGUGGCUCCAGCAAUGGCUGCUGGGGCUGGAGGGGUUGUGGCUGGAGAACUUGAAUUGAAUCAUGAAUGCAGUUUGAUGCACUGGUCGCCAGAGGAUUUUGAAUCUAAAUUGCAGGAAGCAAUGAAACAGACUUAUCAGAGAGCUAUCAAAGCUGCAACUGAUUUUGGUUAUCAAAAAGAAGACCCUGAGGCUCUGGUACAUGGAGCAGUCAUCUCUGCCUUUCUAACCAUUGCUCAAGCUAUGACUGAUCAGGGUUCUGUAUAGAAGUUGAUAUUGCAAAGUUUUGAAUGCAUCCAAAUACUGAUAUUUACCAGUACGGUUGAAAAUCUGCAUUCACUAUAUAGUUUCGAGCCAAGGAUCAAUGCUGAAACCAGAGUGUCAAUGAAAAGAUGUCACAAUAUUGUCAAAGCAUAUUUCCUUGUAUAAUAUGCAAUAUAAGAAUUUAGACUUAGAAAAGAAAAAUAUUUAGAGGAAAGAUUUUAGUUUCAUAAUAGAAAGGGCAUCAUGAUUAUAGCCAAGAAAAAGGAGAAAUUGUCCUUGGCUUAUUAAACCCAGCUUGAUGCUUGUUCCAAACUGAGAAAUAUUUGGAUGUUGAGAUUAGAAAUAAAAGUUUAGCAUCUAAACUGAAUAUCCUUAUUGUUUAGAAGUCU